AAGCUCAGUCGAGCCACGGUUACACUGCUUUACGCUGUCUGCUUACUACCGGCGAAGAGGAAUGGCCCUGCAUUUCCGACAUGUUCCACCUCUUCAGGAAUGGAUUUUUUGAGCAAGCCUCUUCAGAAACAUUUCGAGAAUGUUUUCUACAUUCGGUAAAAACUAUCCACCAUUCUAUCGAGAAAAGAAGAAAAUACGAGCAACGCUAUACUAGCAGCUGCUGGGAGCCACAGAUUUAGAAGAAUAAGAGACCCUUGAAUCAAGGCAAUUGCAUGAUUUGGCGGCUCUUAUAAAGCUAUUCUGGAGAUUGCGGACAAGAUCCGACCCCCUGUGAGGUCCUGGCUGGUUGACCGCACGGUGGCACAGGGGUGGGCGGAGCCAGGUGAGGCAGGAUGACAUUGCCACUUCUGCGCCCCGCCCUCCUGUUGCUGGCGAUUUGGAUUGCCUGCCUGGCGGCGGACGAGAAUGACACCGAUCACCACGGCAACACGCACCGCAUCGGCACCGGUGGGUCCGCCAACUGUGGCGAGUAUAGCAACCAGGCCACGGCCGAUGGGCAGUGCCACCUGGAGGCCACCCUGCCACAGCUGGGCGAGCAGCGCUGUCCGGACAUGUUCCGCUGCACAGACGAGGUGUCCUAUUGGCUGCACGAAAACGAGGAGAGGAAGCAGCAGAUCCUGGCGCUGAAGGAGACCAUUUCUGAGCUGCAGGAGGAGCUCAGGAACCACCGUCACCGUGUCAAAGUCCUGGAGCUGCAGAAUGAAGAGAAGAAUGGGCUGAACUCAUCUCUGGAGCAGCGCUUUCGGGAGCUGGAGAGACAGCACGCAGAGGCCAGCACGCUGCUGCACUUGCAUGCCUCUCUCAUCUACGACAUGCAGACGCGGAUACACAACCUGUCCAUGCUGGUGGAGAAGGUGCGCAAGAACCCUGGCUGCAUGAUCAACAUCAUCCGCAGCAGCCCCUUGAUGAGCACCCAAGAGGCCCUCCACCCAGAGGUCCAGCAUGUGAGAAACUGUCCCAUCGACUGUGCCUCCAUCUAUUACAAUGGGGUCCGCCGGUCAGGGCUCUACACCGUGGUGCCAUCGCUGGGAGCCAUGCCUGUAGAAGUCUUCUGCGACAUGGAGACUGAAAACGGUGGUUGGACCGUGAUCCAGCGACGGCAGGACGGCACGGUCAACUUCGACCGCAGCUGGAGAGAGUACAAGAACGGCUUUGGGGACCUGCACACCGAGUUCUGGCUGGGCAAUGACAACAUUCAUGAGCUGUCUAGGCAGGGGGACUACAGCCUGCGCAUCGACCUGGAGGACUGGACCGGCAAGCACAAGCACGCCCUCUACGAGAGCUUCAGCAUCGAGGAGGAGGCCAACCACUACCGUCUCCAUGUGAGCGGGUUCAGCGGCACUGUGGAGGACUCCUUCAGCUGGUACCACGACAAGCAGGACUUCAGCACCUCUGACAUGGGCAACAUCUGUGCCCAGAUCUCACAUGGCGGGUGGUGGUACAACCAGUGCUUCUUUGCCAACCUCAAUGGGGUGUACUACAAGGGUGGUCGUUACUCACCCAGAGGGCAGAGCCCACUGGGGCCAGAUGGCAUUGUGUGGUACACCUGGAAGGACUCGGACUAUUACUCCCUGAAGAAGGUCAGCAUGAUGAUUCGCCCACGCACUUUCCGCCCUCGCCUAUCUCCAUGACGACCUAUGGGCACAGAAUCUUGCCAUUUCACUCUUCAGGUAGAAGGGGGUCGAGGAUGUAAGAGCCGUGGGAGGGGCUUCAGUGUGGCAGGGAAAGGUUGUCAUUGAGCAGGACUGAACUGACACUCCCAAUGGUCAGUCAGCCAAUCAGCUCAUUUUGUGCUCAUUUUUACUCCAGAAAAGAAAGCAUACAUACACACCAGAACGUGUGGGCCAAAUGUACUAUAUACUGCAUUGUCAAGGUCUCUCUUUGGUCUCCCGCUCACCAUUCAAGUCACUCAACUUUCUGUUAUAUCAAUUUUAUCUGUGCAAUUUAAAAAGUGGUGGCAAGGAAAACUGUAUAUUUGUGGUAAUGAAAGUGCUAUGUGCAAUAUUUUCUUUUUUUACUGGUCUAAAUAGUGAUUGUGAAUGGCAGCAAGUGGGUUAAAAUCAAGAAGUACAUCAUAAAAUAUGCAUUAUGAUAUUGUAAAAUCAAAGCAAGGCCAAUCUUUUAAAACAAAAUUACAUGCUGUAACUGAUUUUACAUGUGCGUAAAGUAUCCACAGAAAUUACAGUUGUGAUAACAUCCAUUUGUCCUUUCAGACAAGUAUUACACAGAUACAAUUUUACAGGGAUGGAAGGCCACUAUGUUUUGUUAUUCUGAUAGUUUGAGGAUCAAGGGUGAGAUGGAGAGUGUAUUAACACACUUACCUUAGCUACCAGAAGUUAAGCUAUGUUCCCAGCUUUCCUUAUUCUACACAGAAUUGCUUUACAUUUGCACAACAGCGCGCACAACUUUUGACGUUUUGUGAUGAUACAUUUUUUAUCUUUUUCAACACAGGAUAAAUUUCAAUGUGCAGUGUUAAAUGAUUUUUCUACAUAGACAAAAGGCCAGUUUACUAAAACUUUGAGCAUGUAUAAUACAGUUUGUUACUUUGUUGAAGCUUUGCUAUAGAACCACACUUGCUGCUCUAAACUAUAUUUUUGACCUACUGUGAUUAAAAAAAAAAGAAUUAACACAAUCUUUUAAAAAAUAAAUUUUAAGAAAUUACACAUGGAGAAAAAAAAUUGAGAAAAAGGGUCAUUUGUGCCGAUGGUUUGCUUUAUAAUGCCAGUGUCCAAUCUAAAAUAGCAAUUUCUUAUUAUUUCUACUGUGUACUGACACAUCAGGUAUGAUUGAUCAGUCCAAACAAUGUAUAGUAAGCAAGAACCUGACCUCAGCCUAUAGUUGCUCAAACAAGCUGACUUUACUACCAACCUAGGCUUCUCAUUACAACAACAGAAAUCCAAUCCAAGAAAUCCAAUGGCUUUUUUAUGCAGAGCUCUUUGCUUACUUAACAAUCAAAUAAUAAUUGAAUAAUUGAGAAUAAAAUAUUGUGAGCCAUUCGA